AUGGACUUCGUGAGGCGUGACUUUCGAACGCCCAGCUCAAAAGCUGCAGGAGGACCAAAUGAGCAGCUUUUCUUCGCCAAAGAUGGUCAUUUAGAAUUUGGUCCAGAUGACCCCGACAACCCUCGAGACUACUCAUUUGGACGCAAUUGUUAUAUUACCGCUGUCGCAAUUUCCUUGGUGAUGAUCGCAACUUUCGCAUCAUCUGCACUAUCUGGGUCCUUUGAAGGCGUCAGUGAAGAUCUGCAUGUCUCGACCGAGGCCGCCGGUCUUGUCACCACCCUCUUCCUCCUAGGUUACUGCGCCGGCCCAUUCUUUUGGGUGCCGCUAUCCAAAAUACUAUGGCCGUCGCUGGAAUGUGGGCGUCGGCGAACUGCCAUUGAUUGGCACUGUCAUUGGCGCGUGUAUCGGGGGACUGGCACUGUUCAUCAAUAG